AUGAGGCGAUUUGGUACUGUUGUUGCAGCACUGACUGCAGCAACCGCUGCUCAGACUGUGCAACAGGAUCCUGGUGUCAUUCGUGACCCGGGUACAUAUGGACCACAAGUAGAGGUUGUCCAUCUCUACUACGACCAAUGGCCGACAGGCAUUGCAGUCUCGCGCUCCGGGCGCAUGUUUUCGAACUACCCACCAGCUCUGGACCCGAUGAACCAAGCUUACACGGUCGCUGAACUAUUCGCCAACAACACCGAGCAACCGUACCCGAAUCUUGCAAUCAACACCCCUCCAGGAGGAAGGAUCAAUAACUCCGUCUAUCCACCUACAGGUGCUGGUGAUGCCAACCACUUUGUUGGUGUACAGAGCGUGGUUAUCGACCCUGCAGACCGCUUGUGGGUUCUUGAUACUGGCAGGGUCGCAACGCAGAACGGAACACAGCUUACUGCAGCUUAUGGUGGACCGAAAUUGGUUGGCAUAGAUUUGAACACAAACUCAGUGUUCAGGACCAUUGUGUUUAGCCCGACUGCAGCACCAGCAGACUCAUACCUCAACGAUAUCCGCUUUGACCUCAACCCCUCCCUCACCUCGUCUGGUCAAGGUGUGGCCUACAUCACCGACUCCUCCUCCGAAGGUCGCAAUGCCAUCGUCGUUGUCGACCUAGGUUCCGGCGAAGCUUGGCGUCGUCUUAUAAACAUCCCAGCAGUGCAAGCUGACGAAGGGUUUGUCCCUACUGUGUGGGGGCAACCUGUGUACAUGAAUGGAACCACAGGAAUGCCUAUACUCAAUGUCAACUUUGGCGCGGACGGCAUCGCACUAUCCGUCGAUGGAACCACUUUGUUCUUCAAGACAACUGGCGGUCGAUAUACUUACAGUGUCCCAACUGCACGAUUGCGAGACCGCAGUCUGAAUGCCGAGCUUCUGGCCCGAGGCAGCGUCGGCAACCUGGGCGAGACUGGCCUCAGUGAUGGAUUAGAAACUGACACGAACAACAUGAUCUAUGGUGGUAAUAUUGAGGACAACAGUAUUAUGAUGUUCAAUCCCAGCACAGGCAUCAUGUCGACGUUUGUUCGCGAUCCACGCUUUAGCUGGACCGACACACUGAGUGUUGGAUUUGAUGGAUACAUUUACUUCACGGAAAACCAGCUAUGGCUUGGCUCAAACUUCCAGGGCGGUGUUGAUAGACGACAGAAACCAUAUGUUCUGUUCCGUGCUAGAUUACCAAACGGCGGCACAAAAGUAACUCAGAGUGCGCCUGGAGCAAGCAACGCGACAAUGAGUAUGUAA